AUGUCGUUACGGCGUUUUUGUCGUGUUUUCUUUGCUUCUUUUUGUUUUUUUCAAGAGGUUGAAUCGUUCUCUUCUCUCUUUUUUCCCUUUCUUUGUUUUCCUUUCUUUUUCAAAUUUCCCAGCCCUUUUCCCUUUUCUUCAUUUCUAUCUGUUUUAUCCUUUUUUUCUUUCUCCGUUUUUUCUCUCUCAUUGUUUGUUUUCUUUCUCUUUCUAAUUUCUAACCCUUUCUGUCUCUUUCUUUUUCUUCAUUCACUCCUUUACUCCUACUUCUCCUCCCUUUUUCGUUUUUUACUUCUCUUUCUAGUUCUAUUCCCUUUCUCUAUUUCUAUCUCUUCCUUUUUAUUCUCCUCCUCUCUUUCCUCCUACUUCACUUCUCCUUCUCUUUCUGCGUCCUUCGUUCCCCACGUCCUUUCUGUCACUUGUUUUUCUUCCUUUACCUCUUCCAUUUUCUUCUACCCUUUCUUCUUCUUCUUCUUCUUCUUCACUUCAUCCACCUCCUUCUUUUUCUUCUUCACUUCUUCCUCCUCCUCUUCCUUCUUCUUCUUCUUCUUCUUCACUUCCUCCACCUCCUCCUCCUCCUCCUCCUCCUUCUUCUUCUUCUUCUUCUUCACUUCCUCCACCUCCUCCUCCUCCUCCUUCUUCUUCUUCUUCUUCUUCUCUCUUUCUUUCUCUUUCUUACUGUUCGUUGUUUUUCUUUUGUUAUUUUAUUGA